UGAAGUGUACAAAAUAGAAAAUAUCAGAUUUCCCUAUUUUCUCUUUAGAAUAUAGCAACUAUGGCAUAAAUAGCAAAAAGAUUUAUAAAUUAUCAUGUUCUUCUGUUCAUUUUGUGCAAGUGUUCAGUGUGCUUUGGAGUAGAACUUUUUAUUUACAAAUAUGUUGAACAUACACAAGUUAUGGCUGUUGUCCAGUUUUGGUGUGGUAGCUAUAGUGGUAUUAUAUUUCCAGAACGAAAUAGCGCGUCUAGAAGAGAAUUAUCACAAACUAGAAUACAAACUAUCUCAAUCGCAUCCGGAGGCUCGUCAGUUUUUCUCGAAGUCAUUGCAAAAAGAUGACGAGAACCUUGUUGUUAUUUACAAUAGAGUACCCAAAACUGGUUCCACCAGUUUUGUGGGUAUAGCAUACGAUUUGUGUAAGAAAAAUCAUUUCAAAGUGCUGCACAUCAACAUAACAGCGAACAUGCAUGUGAUGUCACUGAGCAACCAGUACAAGUUUGCUCAGAACGUGACGAGGUGGGAUGAGGUGAAGCCAGCACUAUACCACGGUCAUAUGGCAUUCCUUAACUUUGACAGACUGGGAACAAUAUCAAAACCUAUUUAUAUCAAUUUAAUAAGGAAGCCAUUAGACAGACUGGUAUCAUACUACUACUUUUUAAGAAAUGGUGACAAUUUUCGACCCCACUUAGUUAGAAAAAAGCAUGGAGACAAAAUGACAUUUGAUGAAUGUGUGGAGAAGUCUCAGCCAGACUGUGAUCCAACAAACAUGUGGCUUCAGGUGCCAUUCUUCUGUGGACAUGCUGCAGAAUGUUGGAAAGCAGGCAGCUCAUGGGCUCUGCAGCAAGCCAAACACAAUCUAGUCAAUCACUACUUACUAGUAGGAGUGACUGAGGAGAUGCUGGACUUUAUCUCGGUCCUGGAGGCUGCACUGCCCCGACUCUUCAAAGGUGCAACGGAGCACUAUCUCAACAGCAACAAGUCCCACCUCCGACAGACGAGCUCCAAGCUGGAGCCGGCGCAGAAAACAAUAGAAAAGAUACAGCAAUCCUCCAUCUGGAGAAUGGAGAAUGAGCUGUACGAGUUUGCAUUAGAACAUUUCAAGUUUGUCAAACGAAAAGUGUUGCUGAGAGAAACGAACAGUGUCGACCAAAUUUUCUUCUAUGAAAAGAUAAGACCAAAAUAGGGAUUAGGAAAUUAUACAAGACUUUAAAUAAUAAUAUAUCAAAUUAUAUUAGAAAUAAUUUAGGAUUUUUUCGUGAUUCCAGUGCAAUACGGCUCUGUUACUUGUUGUGAUGUCGGGUAGAGCUAGCGGAGCUCUGAUAUCGGUCUAAAUUGUUUCAUAUCAUUCCAUGUAGCUCAAGUUGUGUUCUGUUGUGAUAAUGCCUAGCUUUUAAUUAUUUAACACAAUAAUAAUAAAUAAUGCAUAAGUGCAAUAAAUUAUAAAGUUGCAUCUAAGCGUGAUUAAAUAUUGACAGUAAAGGAAGUUGGAAGUCCAAUGUAAUAAUAGUAUUUAAAUUAUUAAAACAUGUUCAUAUAAUCUCUAUUAAAAAGUCUAUUUUAGCUGA